GAUUGGACACACAAGAAAUUUGUCUAUAGUCUGUGUAUUUCCAUAUAUAGAGAAUAUCAUCAUUUUAGCCAUUGUCUAUCACUGCAGAAUGAAGGCCUCUUCCACAUGUUUCCAACCAAUACGAUUGUGAGCUGUCUUUGGCAAUUGGGCCUGCAAUACUCGCUGUCAUUGAUCCAUCUUGUUUUAGGUCUCUUUCAUGGACACUUUUUAUCAAGUGGGAUCCAUUCUAUUUAUCAAGUGGGAUCCAUUCUAUGUCCACCUGCCUCAGUUCUUCUCGCUGUGUGACCAGCCCGUUUCCAUUUCAAUUCUUUACUCUCUUGAUGAUAUUGUACACUUUCGUUUGUUCUCUAAUGAUCCAUGUGCAGGUCUUUCUAUCCUGUCUUAUAAUGCUGAGCAUGUAUCCUUCCGUGGUUCUUUGCACCACACGUAGCUUUUGUAUCGAUUGUGAGGUUAGUGCCCGUAUUUCACCGGCAUAUGUUAUAUAAAUAUGUUUUGUUAUGGUAUUGCUUUUUUUCUCUUUCCCCCUGUAUUAAACAAAGCAGCAGCAACAACAUCCGUAAGAGAAAUAUGGAGCUUUGCUAUUGCUUUCCGCAUAAAUACGAAAUUACCAAAGUAUCCAGUAUAAAAUCACCGAGUGUUUACUAUGUUCUCCCUUUCCGGUCUCCUGUGUCUGGUGCACAGACGCCGAUUAUCCUUGGGACGCUCCGAGGCUUCCACGGGUGACUUCUGGGGUCCCGUAAGAGAACGAGGGGAGUGCAAAACCGGCCCCUGUGAGCGAGGUUGGGAUUGGUCGCCGAAAGGGAGGCUGGCGGACGCGGGAUAAUGGGUCUGAAAGAAGCCAAGCGAGGAAGGCGCCGUCCCCACACGCGCGCACGCCCAGAGCCUCCCUCCCACCUUCCCGACAAACAUCUCCCGGCACUGAGCAUCCUUCACUAGUUGGCCCCUGACUGUCCACACCCAUUUUUUUUUUUUUUUCCUGGACCGCGCACUGAACGGCUCCCCAAGUCCUGGGGAAGAGAAGCGGAUGGAGGCGGCUUCGUCCCGCGGAUGUCGCCGUCGCUGCCUGAUUUCCGCCGACCAUCGCCAGCCCUGCAGAUUCCCUCUCUUGAAAUCAGGCUGUGUAAGAUAAAGUUUACAAUAAGAUUGUAUAAUUUCCAUGCUACCAUCUGAACAGGAUUUGGUACUUCCUCCUUAUGAAAGGAUGUCUCUUCUGCCAGGUCUGAGAAUCUUCUGUUUACUCUUGGUGGCUCUAAUAGUCUAUUUUUCAGGGUGUUCCUGUCAGCAGUGCAGGGAAGGAACCAAGUACACCGACGCAAUACUUCCCAAUUUAGAAACAACUAAAAUUAUGCGGGUCCCACGUGCUGCGUCCAUGUCAGAUUGCCUGGCAGCCUGUUGUGAUCUUUCAGAUUGUGACUUGGCCUGGAUGUUUGAGCGGCAUUGCUAUGUGGUCAGUUGCCAACAUAAAGGAAAUUGUGAGCCCAAGAAAAUGGAGAAGGUGAAGUCCUAUCUAACCUUUGUGGUCAGAGCUCCCCAGAGACCAGCCAGCUUGCUAGGAUACGGGCAAGUGCCAUCCAAUGUGAUCCGCUCCAUGGCAUUGGCAAGUGACCCCUCUGAAGAAAUUGGUAGCCUCAAGGAGCUGUCAUUCCUCAGCAAAGACCACAGUCUUGAGGACUAUCCCAAUGAAUAUGCUGAGAUGGAUCAGAAUCCUUUUCACCUCAGCCUCAAGCCUGAGGAAAAGGAGACUGUUAAUUAUGCGGAAUGGGGAUCAGUGGUGACCACUGAAAAUGGCUUCAAUUCUUCAGGACUCGGUAAUGGAGACAAACAGGAAGAGGUACCUCAAAAUGAAGAAGUUCAUUUGGGAAGCCCUAUGAAUGUCAAUACAUCUGAAAGUAUUCCUGUCACUGAACAUCCUGAAAAGUUGACAGGAGCUUUGGGCUUGCUGGAUAAAUCUGCGAAUGAUUUUGAUUUUCAUCCACCUACCAAUGAAGUGAACAGCAGCUGGGAGGAGGAGGUGGUAACACCUCCUCAUAAUCCUCCUUCUUCGGGAAUUCUGGAAUUUCUCUCCACCAUCCCAGCACAAACUGAAGUAUCAAACCCAGAUAAUUUCAUACAAACUAAACCCACAACCUUUCCUACCGGGGCUCAUAGCACUGCACCUUGUGCUGCAGGUGAAGUUACGUCUUCCACAACGGCCACCAAAGCAGAAACAGACUAUAUUUAUGAAUGGAGCUUGAUCACUUACCCUGAUAGCUAUGACGGUGAAAUGAAAGAGAAGCACACGCCAACUCUAAAACUUUCUCAGCUGCCAGAAGGUGCCUAUGUCUUCAGAGUGACUGUUUCUGCUGAAAAUGCAUUUGGAGAAGGAUUUCUAAAUGUUUCUGUCCAACCAGCAAUCCGAAUAAAUCACCCUCCUAUUGCUAUUGUCUCUCCCAAAGUCCAGGAGAUUUCUUAUCCUACAACUUCUGCUUUCAUUGAUGGAAAUCAAAGUGUAGAUGAUAUUAAAAUUGUGAGUUACCACUGGGAAGAAAUUGAGGGUCCCUUGUGGGAAAAGAAGGCAUCAGCUGAUACACCUCUUUUAUACCUUUCUAAUCUUAUUCCUGGCAAUUAUACUUUCAGGCUAAUUGUCACUGAUUCUGAUGGAGCAGUUAACUCCACAAUAGCUUCCUUGAGAGUCAACAAACUGUUGGAUUCUCCUCCUGUUGCCAAUGCUGGACCAGAUCAGGAAAUUAGUUUGCCUCAAAAUUCAGUCACAUUAAAUGGAAACCAGAGUAAGGAUGAUCAAAAAAUUGUCAGCUAUGAGUGGUCCCUGAGUCCCAAAAGUAAAAGCACAGUGGUAGCCAUGCAGGGUGUAAGGAGUCCAUAUCUUCAACUGUCUUCAAUGCAAGAGGGAGAAUAUAAGUUCCAGCUGACAGUAACGGAUUUGGCAAAUCAGAAGUCAACAGCUGAAGUCACAGUAACAGUCUGGCCUGGGCAAAACAAGCCUCCAGCAGCCAUGACUGGCCCUGAUAAAAUGUUGACCUUUCCUAUCCGGAGCACUAAUCUCGAUGGGAGCAUGAGCACUGAUGACUUAGGGAUUGUUUACUAUCACUGGGAGAAUAUCAGUGGGCCAAGUUCUUUGCAUAUGGAGAAUGCUGAUAGCGCAGUGGCAACUGUCUCAGAUCUACAGAUUGGAACCUAUCAUUUCAGACUGACAGUCAAAGAUGAUCAAGGGCUGAGCAGCACUGCCACACUUUCUGUGGUUGUUCGGGAGGGCAGCAACUCUCCACCAAAGGCCCUUGCAGGGGGCAAACAUAUCCUUAUCCUCCCCAAUAACUCUAUUGCUUUGGAUGGGUCCCACUCUGUCGAUGACCAAGGAAUUGUAUCUUAUCUUUGGAUCCGGGAUGGUCAGAGUCCAGCAGCUGGAGAUGCAAUUCUUGGCUCCAACCGUGAGGCUGUCCUACAGCUAACUAAUCUUGUAGAGGGGAACUACAUGUUUCACUUGAAAGUCACUGAUGCCAAAGGAGAGUCAGAUAUUGACACGGCUAUUGUGGAAGUAUGGCCUGACCCAAAGAAAAAUGGGCUUGUGGAAUUGAUCUUGCAAGUUGAAAUUGGUCAACUAACUGAACAACAGAAAGAUACCCUCAUACAACAGCUAGCAGUGCUCCUGGAUGUCUUACAAACAGACAUUAAUAUCCGGAAAAUACAUGCUUAUUCUGAUAUCAGCACUGCUGUUGUGUUCUAUGUUCAGAAUGGGCAUCCCUACAAAAUCAUAAAGGCUUCAGAUGUUGCCCAAGUGCUGCGUUUGCAACUCUUGAAGGAAAAGCCAAAUUUUCUACUUUUUAAAGUGCUUCGUGUUGACACAGCUGCUUGCCUCUUAAAAUGUUCCGGACAUGGAAACUGUGACCCCAUCACAAAGCAUUGUAUUUGCUAUCAAAUGUGGAUGGAAAAUUUGAUACAGCGAUACCUAAGCGAUGGGGAGAGCAAUUGUGAAUGGAGUAUACUCUACGUAUCAGCAUCCGCUUUCCUCGUAAUUGCAUUGGUGGUAGGGUUAAUUUGGCUUUGCAUCUGCUGUUGCAAAAGCCAAAAGAGGACCAAAAUAAGAAAGAAAAUGAAAUAUACAAUUUUGGACAACAUAGAUGAUCAGGAAAGAAUGGAGCUCAGGCCCAAAUACGGUAUCAAGCACAGAAGUACUGAACAUAAUUCCAGUUUGAUGGUUUCAGAGUCUGAGUUUGAGAGCGACCAAGAUACCAUAUUUAGCAGAGAGAAGGUUGAAAGGGAAAACUCCAAAAACAUGAUGAAUAGUGACAUGAAAAAUGGGAUCUCCUUCAGCUACAGCUCAAAGGAUAGAUAAAUGGAUGCACGGCUUUCUUAGGAAAACGGUUACUUCAGGGCAGUGAAGCCUGGACAGCUCUCUAUUUUCCUAAAGUACCAAAGAGGCAAACAGACUCAUAAAUUUCCAGCAUGGCAAAGGAGAGGGGAAUACCAUCGAUAUUUUGCCUUUUUUUCAAGCAGUCUUUUAAAGCCACGUUGUUUAAAGCCUGUUUAUCAGAGAUGGCAUUUACCUCAUGUCUUAUGGACUUCUAAAAAAUCACUAUUAAAAUCUCAACCAAGGCUUUUACGUUACAAGAUCAUAGAGGAAAACCUCCUUAUAUUAGUCUUCUUAGAACAGAGUGAACUUGUCUGUAUAGGAAGCCACUUCUAUCAAUAUGAAAACUUAUCAGAGUUAUUAAAACUGACAUGUAGACAAAACAGUUCUCUUAACUUUCAUUUGCUAAAUAAAUGAGAGUGUAUGAGUGUGGGGAUGAAUAGGGAUCAAGUUAAAUAUCUGCUAAACUCUGCUUUGAGAAUAUCAUGCUGUUAAACAUAAAUCGUGUUUAGCUUUAUGACAGGAUGAGUCAUAAAACAUACAACUACUGAUUAGCAGUAAUAGUGCAAUAUAAGGUGAAUAUAUGGAAGGAACAUAUGUUCAGAUAUGAAUAUGUUUUGGAGGGAAUAAAAACUGACUCCGUGCAAAACCUUGCUUUUUGCCAAUCUGUGUGGGAGUGAGCACAAGGCUUGCUUUUCUUCCUGUUGGAUGCAGCAAUUGGAAAACUCGUGGCAAGCUAUGUGUGGCAUAAUCCUCUCAACUGUCUCCCAUCUUCAGGAUCCUCUUCUAGAAAGCUAGAUCUAGGAUUAAAGAUUGCUUUGGCUGUUCAGAAAAAUAAGUACCACUUCAUACAAGGAUCUUUCCAGGAUAACUUGGAUGAGAGCUGUUACUCAGACCUGCACUUUAUUCUACCUAGAGGCUCAGUAAAAUUUAGUUGGGAUAAUAAUCUAGUAUUUUCCUUAGUGGUUAUCAUAAAAAAGCUCAAACUUUUAAAAUUUUGAAUUAGCUGUUGAAUAAUUUCUUAUCGUGUCAUCUAAACUAAUCUAAAUGUGUGUGAAAUUAUUUUGCAGGACAUAAAUAGGAUGAUUAUAUAUGAACCCAAUAGUGGAUGUAUAUGCAUGUACAUUCUGUACAUAAAUAAGAUUACAAAUUAGAUGUUUUAUUGGAUAUGAACAAUGAUGAAUGGAAAAGAAUCUUAAAUGCAUCUAUUGGCCAAUAAAACCACACACAUCUCAAGCAAAAAAAAAAGGAGAUCAAGCUAUUUACACAAUUAAGUGAUCACAGAUGUUAUGUGUAACCUCAAUUUCCUCAAAAUCUAGAUCAGCUAUAGGAGCUUUCACAUCUACUAACUUUGUUCAAGUAGAAGGCUUAGGGAAACUAUUUUACCAUCAACAUUUGUUCUAAUAAAGUGUGUCGUUUCCCCCCCUCCCAGUUUUUUCUCUGUAGUCUAUGAGAACAUGACAGAGAAGAAAUAGUAUUGCAAAUCAACUUUGACAAUAAAUGUAACUGUCCAAUUUUUAUUACAUUAGCAAUUCGUUGUUAACCUUCAUAUCUGGUAAACAAUGUAAAAAAAAAGUUGAUCAUGUAAUAAAAAAAAACCUUAAUUCAGAUGUUCCCUUAUAUGAAUGUAAACAUAUACUGUAUAGUAUUUUCCCUGAAAUUAAAAUAUAUAAUAGAUCGUUACAGUAUUCAUUUGUGCUAUAAUCAAACAGUUUGAAAUGUCUUUCAUACCCCUAAAUGGCACAAUAUUUUAUUUAUGAAAUAUUCCAUUUGCUAAUAUUAUGUAUCAAGCAUAUUUGGCUUCUACUCUUUUUUAAAGAAAGAGUAAGAAUGUUACAAAUGGUACUUUUGGGAACUGCCAGAACCUGAAUUUUUCAAGUUGUUAAGAAAAAAAUAACGCACAGUAAUGACAGCUGAUUUAAAACAAGUACUCUGUAUAAUUGAACUUCAUGCUGUUCAGGAGACUAUGCAGAGCGCUUCUGAAACCAAGGGUUGAUUCUCAGAAGCAGACGUUAUACAGCAGAGGGGUUUAAGGCCCAAGGAGACCUUAACUGCCUCCCCCAAAAACAUGGAACAAAAAAGUAAUACAACAUUUCAAUGCAAUUUGGACAUAUAAAGUGCACAUUCAGUUUAAUGCAGCACUAUGUCAGGGCCAUCCAAAUUUUCCCAUCUCAUUUAAAAAAUAAUCAGUAUUUAUUACAAAGAGAAUAAUAAACCAUUCAAGUUAAUUCUGCAGGAACCAAACAAUUCAUCCAUAGAGCACUGACAAGUUUCCUAUAGCAGCCCCAUGGAUCAAUUUUUAUUUUUUUAAAAAUGAGCUUAUGAACAUGUAUCAAUGAAAUCUAACUAUUUAUAUAGCUACUGGUCCCAAGCAGGGUCUGAAUGAAUCUAUUAUGUAUAUUAAUAUUUAUUGUUAUAAUUUGGCUUUCUUACACUGUCUCAUAAAAUCUAUAAGGAUUCCACUUUUCUGCCAAAUCAAGAGUCUCUGAAGACUGUAUACAUUAUAGUUUGGCAGGAAUGAUUACUGCCCAUCAAUCUGUGCUUAACCACAGGCUACAAAUUGCAAAUCAAUUCUUAAAUAAGCCUAGUCCUAUUGAUGAAUAGGAUAUUAGAAAUGAAUAUAUAUCCACCAGGAAACCUAUAUUUCAGACGAUAGCUGAAGAACAACUAUUGGUAUAAAAACUGGAUUUUUACCCAAUUAAUU